GUAAAAGAUAUAAAAUAAUUACUUUUAUUAAAAUUAAUUUUUUUAUCAGAGGAAUUAAACUUUUUCUCAAUUCAAAAUUAUGAUUUCUUUAAAAUUUUACUGUAUUGAAUGAAUUUUUAUUCAAUUAAAUGAAUUUUUUUUGAUUUUUUACUAAGUAGAUUUAGCGCAGAUCAUAAACGGAGUGUGACAAUUUUAAAUUCAAAAAGUUUCAUGAAAGAAAAAACUGCAAUGGAUAAUUUAAAGUCAAUUUAUAAAACAAAAUUGUUACCAUUGGAAAAACGUUAUUUAUACCAUGAAUUUUAUGAACCAACCUUAUCUGAUCAGGAUUUUGAUGCUCGACCGAUGGUAUUGUUUGUUGGACAGUAUUCGACGGGAAAAACGUCUAUGAUAAGGUACCUCAUUGAAAAAGAUUAUCCAGGUAUUAGGGUAGGCCCAGAACCUACCACGGAUAAAUUUAUGGUUAUAAUGGGUGGUGAUCGACAACAGUCAAUACCAGGAAAUGCACUAGUUGCUGAUCCCGAAAAACAAUUUCAAGAUCUAUCACGUUUUGGUAAUGCGUUUCUUCGAAAACUCCACUGCAGUGUUGUCAACGAGGCACCAAUUCUUCGGUCCAUAACAUUUGUAGAUACUCCCGGAAUACUAUCAGGUGAGAAGCAGCGGGCCCAGCGUGAAUAUGAUUUUUAUGAAGCACUCAAUUGGUUUGCUGAUCGUUCUGACAUGGUAGUGUUAACUUUCGAUGCCAAUAAGUUGGAUAUAUCAGACGAAUUAAAGGCAGCUAUAGACAUUCUUAAAGUACAUGAUAGUAAAUUAAGGAUAGUGCUCAAUAAAGCUGACACCAUUGAUGAGAGAUCUUUACUACGAGUUCACGGAGCUUUAAUGUGGGCACUCGGAAAAACUAUUGUUUGUCCAGAAGUUCCCAGAGUAUAUGUUGGCUCAUUUUGGGAUAAACCAUACACAAAUGUUUUGAACCGGAGAAUGUUUAGCGAGGAAGAAAGUGAUUUGUUCCAAGAUAUUAGGUCUCUACCACACAACUCAGUUGUAUCUAAGCUUAACUACAUUGGAAAACGAGCAAAACUGGCAAUUAUUCACGCCUAUAUUAUAAGUGAACUUAGUUCUCGUAUGACGUUCAUGUCUCGGUUAUGGUAUAAAAAGGAUCAACAAAAGAAUAUCAUUGAAAACCUACAUGAAAUUUAUUUAAAUGUAUUAAACAAGUAUAAACAUUUAAGUGAGAGCGAUUUUCCGAAUAUAAAAAAAUUGAAGACGAUUUUGAAGCAAAAAGAUUUUACAAAUUUCAAAAGCUUAGAUGAAAAAUUAAUAAAUCGUGCAAGUAAUCUAUUAGACGGAAUUAACAUUAACAUAUCAGUGGAUGACAUAGAAGUAAAUAGUAAUGUGAUCCCAGAUGCUAAAGACACAACUACGCCAUUUAAUAUUAAAUCUCAUGGAUUUGAUGAAGGUCAAUUUGAAGAUGUUUGGAUUGUUGAAUAUUACAGAAAGCCUUUUAGUGAGAUAUUUGAUAAACUUGAGAAACAUAACGGAAAAGUGAUUCGAUCAGCUGUUAAAGAAGAAAUGCUAAAGACAAAAUUGCCAGAUUCUGUUCUUUCGAAAAUAUGGAAGAUGGCCGAUGUUGACAAGGAUGGUGUUUUAGACGCUGAUGAAUUCGCUCUAGCUAUGUACUUAGCAAAAAUCAAGCUUGAAGGAUCAGAACUUCCGCCAGUACUUCCUAUAUUUUUGGUUCCGCCAUCGAAGCGUAAUCUUACUCCUAAAUUGCCACUAAGAAUAUCUACUUCCGAGCCAACUAAUUAGACUUUAUAUAUUGGUUUCAGUAAUUUUAGUACUACUUUAAUUCAGUAAUUAUAAAAUCUUAAUAUAAGUCAUCAAUUUCUGAAUUUUAAAGUAAUUUGUGGUUAACUCUUCAAUUUGAAUUAUUUUUGUUUGAUGUCAUAAAUUUACAAUUGAAUUGUACAUUAUAUGAAUUUGAUUAUUAAAUUAUGUUCUAAUAUUAGAACGUAAU